CAUCGCGAUGGUCUUCAUGUUGUUUGUUCAAUCGCCACUCCCACAUGGUAUAUUCUACUUCAUAUUGACUGUUCUCAUGGUUGAUACGACAAGUUCUGCCACCGUAGCGCAAAAUGGUCGUAUUUCUCCUUGCAAAGCGCCGUGCACAGAAUACGGCAUCGUUGCUACUGCGAGGUUAGAAAGGAUAGAUUUGAAAAUAUACAAAGUAGUAAGGCGUGCCGAAGACGAAAUAGCCAAAGCAUCAGACGUACGUCAGGUGGUCGCCAGUCCUGGUCAAUGGCAGAUCAACAUCACCGCUAUCCUAUACGAGCCGCAGACAUUUGAUCCUAUUUUGAAAGCCUUAGUAGAAUCUGCAAAGAAGGUUAUUCCAGUAAACAAUCGUUUCUCGACGCCAUUUUUCUUUCUAGUGUUGCAGUCAGAAAAGGGAGUUUACGGAGAAGCACUCAACGCCAUGUCUUUAAGAGUCAUUGGAUUUUUGAACAAUCUCAACAACCAUCCAUUUCUGCCUCCAAGCAAGCGAUCUAUUGCAAUCAUUCACGAAAGGAGCGAGAUCUUAUUCAAAUGGUUAACGGUCAAUUUUCUAGCAGGAUAUUUCGAUCAAGAGAAAUCACAUUCAAAAGUUGGCGUACUGGGUUUAAGCCUUAACACAGUCACACAGAUCGCGUAUCCGGUUCACAGUACAAGCAUGAACACUACAGAGUUUGUCACCAUCGGCACAAUGCCGUACCUCUUAAUUGCGCAAUCCUACACUACAGAAGGUUUCGGGACGACUUUACGAGAGUACUUUACUAAAUUAGGCCAAGUACAAGGCCAAGGCAAACAAACCAGUCCAUGUAGUCCACAGGGAGCCCAAGUACAGGUUGUUGAUGGCGAUAUAGUAAAGCAGUAUAUUGGGAACGGCAAUGUCCAGCAAUGCCUAAAGAUUCUCAAUGACGUCAUUUUGAAUGAUUACGGUCGUUGGACUCGCAGUCCUUACAUACGAAAACCGCCAAAAUAUAUUAAAUUCUACGCCUUGCCGCAGGUCGUGAACGUGCUAAAUGAGAUCGGAUGUCUUGGAUGUGAGAAGGUCUUCACUCCCGCCAAAAUCAAUGCGGCAGCGCGUCUGUCCUGCAGUAGCUCACAGCCUAGGAACGGUGAUCUACCGUCCACCAAGAAUUGCCUUAAUGCCAAUUUCUUUUACCUUAUGCUAACAGAGUCAUACCAUUUUGAAGAUAACACUCCCAUUACUGUUCUGCCGAAGUCAGUACACGGAAUCGACGAGGACUGGGCAUUAGGAGCCUUACUUUACAAGUUGCGGUUGUUGAGCUAUAAAAUUGUGCCUUAAGGACCGAUUUACGUCACGUCCACACUGUGUUUUUGUCUGAAAACGCAUAGUUUUACAUGUUUUGGCCUUGCGUCAAUAAUACUAAAAAACCCUCACCCCACCCUCCCUUCCCGAAUUAUCUAAUGGUCUGUCUCUUAGUGUUGACGGGUAAAAUCACUUUCAAAACGCUAGUGUGGACGCGGAGCUUUCGAUGCUUUCCGGUGAGACGAAAACGAUGCGUUUCGAAAACGCCUGCAUUAGUGUGGACGGGGCUUUAGUAUCAUUUUAGCCGCUUUGUUAUAAUGAUAAUUGCAUAAUUCGAUGAUUUUUAUGCAGUAUAAAGGCACGAUAAAGGCUCUUCAGUGUGAAGAGCUGGACUCGUGUUUUGAGCUAUUAAUUUAUUUUACAAAUAUGUUUUCAUAGAUAAAUAAGUAAAUAUUAUAUAUAUUUGUUAUUUUAUAUUAAUAAUCUCUCCUUUUUUGUUUUAUAAUUAUAGCAAUAUUCUUAUCACGUCUCAUAUUAUAAUGAAUUAUUAGUUAAUUAUUAUUGUCAAUAAAGUUAUUUAGUUAGUAUAAAGGCACGAUUACACCCGGAGCAAUUUUCUGUGCAACUUGUCUCGCAAGAGCGUUACGACAUAAGUUCAAAGAGAGUUAACACGGUGCAAUGGAGAAUCAAUCGCUGCCAAACGUAAUAAUAAAUCCAGUACGCUCAUUCGCCACCAUUUACGUCUUACGCUGCAUUAUUCACCUACAGGUCAAUAUAAUGCGUGCUCGCGCACUCUUGCAGAGAUAAAUAAAAUUUAAAACAUUUAUUAAAUUCAUUGAAUUCACUUAAAAAAUACUAAAACGACUCGCCAGUUAAUAUUCCCCGAUAUUCGAUUCACCUUUUGGUGAAUAAUUGUUAAAUAUCUUUACAUGUGAAAGUAAUUCUCAGGAACUACAUCAAAUAGUAAAAAUCCACUAAAAUUGUAUUUCAUUAAUAAAUACCGUAUAUUUAAACAGAAUAUUACGUGGCCGCUUCGAGUUACGGAUUACCUCCUCCUGUUGAGAAUAUCUUACGAGUGAGCUGCGCUGCGUAAGAUAUCAACUCAAUGCUCCAGAAUCUGUAUCUCCGUACGGUUAUGCAAUAUCCUCUAUUUAUUUGCCAAUGAUGAAACUUACCCAAGGAGGGAAAACACAGGUAUAAAUGCUGCUGACAAUGUCAAUCCAAUAA